GCUCUCAGGUCCAUUGACGACUAGUAUCAUCAUUAGAAAGCCCACGUAGUCGAGCGAGGAGGAAAGGCGGCGAAAACCCUCCCUUGCCUUGCCCAGUUGCCCCCAAACCCCAGCCACCAGCUAUACCAAUGGCGGCCACCGCGAUGGACCAUGACGGCGGCGACGACGUGGUCACACCAGGGGAGCUUCUCGGAAACUCAUUAACCCUCGCGGCCGGACGUGGCGCCUACGCCGACGGUCGCUCUGUGCGCGCGUCGGUCACCGGGCGCCGCCGCAUCGUGCCGCCCGCACCUGGCUCCGACGACCAGAGAUCCACGGUGGAGGUGGUGGGGCACAAGGCCCAUGGAGCUGUGCCGCAGCCGGGAAGCGUCGUCAUCGCCCGAGUAACAAAGGUUAUGGCUAGAAUGGCCUCUGCAGAUAUCAUGUGUGUUGACUCAAAGGCUAUCAGAGAAAAGUUCACUGGCAUGAUAAGGCAGCAAGAUGUUCGUGCAACUGAAAUUGACAAGGUGGAUAUGUACCAAUCAUAUCGUCCUGGGGACAUUGUUAAAGCUAUGGUUCUUUCUCUUGGUGAUGCAAGGGCAUAUUACCUUUCCACUGCGAAAAAUGAACUUGGAGUCGUUUCAGCACAAAGCAUAGCUGGUGGUACAUUGGUUCCAAUCAGUUGGACUGAGAUGCAAUGUGAUUUGACCGGUCAAAUUGAGCAAAGGAAAGUUGCAAAGGUGGAAUAGAUGUGCUGUGGCCCUCCUGAUAAAUGGUAAACAUGUGGUGGCGGUAUACAAAUUGUGGACCAGUGACACCAGGUCCUUGGGCGGACUACCCAAUUCUGCGACGCCCAACUUCAUUACAGCUGCAUUGAGCAUGGGUUUUUAAAACCCUGGCUGAAUUUAACUAGACAUGAAUCGUAGCCAUGGGUCCUGUAACCCAACCUUGGGAUCUGAAUCAUAGCCAUGGGUUCUGUAACCCAGUAACCUUGCCCUUGUGAUUUGUUACUCUGUGAGCUAAUGACAUUGCAGUUUUCCACCUCGUGAUUUC